UUCCCAGGGAAAACCCCAACAUGUGCUUCAUGGUAAAAUGGCUAGAUCUACUAUAGUUUUAGAACAAGUUGGAGGUUAUGACUACCAAUGGAUUACUGAACCUCCAGAUGAGCUGAAGUGUUCAAUUUGUCUACGCGUAGCUAGGGACCCUCAACAGCAUGGUUGGAAUGGUUGUGGGAAAGUGUUUUGCUCAAGUUGUUCAAAAGAGUACGAUAAAAAAAAUUGUCCUAUUUGCCGUAAGAAAUUGACCCUCUUCAAAAAUAUGCGAACUACUCGAGACAUUGAAGCCCUCAAAAUGAGCUGUAUCAACGAAGGCUGCCAAUGGGUUGGUGAGCUAGGAUCCCUGGAAACACACCUAAAGACCUGUGAAUACACCACCAUUCCCUGUACUAAUGAAUGCAAGCACAAUGACCAGAUUCGGCGAAAAGAUCUUGAUGACCACCUCACCAACGACUGCCCAAGACGUCAGUACGAGUGUCCACAUUGCCAGAAGACGGGGGAACAUCAGGAGAGGACCACCGCUCAUCUAGAUGCAUGUUUGAAAGUUAAAGUGCCAUGCCCAAAUGAACCUUGCUCAAUCACCAUUCCCCGUGACAAUAUUACUUCUCAUCUAUCUGUCUGCAGCUACCAGCGUGUGCGCUGUAAAUAUGCUGCAGUUGGGUGUAAGCAAAGACCUCCACGGAAAAAUCUCAAGGAACAUGAAGAAGAUUAUCGGUUACAUCUUCGAGUGACUACUAAGAAAACGCUUGAGCUAACAACGCUAACGAAAAAACGAUUAAUCAAGUUCAAAUUCACAGAAUUUCAACAGAAAAAAAUGAACAACAUUACUUUUUAUAGCCAGCCUUUUUUCACUUUCAGCAAUGGUUACAAAAUGUGUAUUUGUGUAGUGGCAAAUGGCAACGGUGAUGGCAAAGCUACUCAUGUUUCAGUGUAUGCUUAUCUCAUGAAGGGACCUAAUGACGACUCCCUGUCCUGGCCGUUCACUGGGACAGUCACAUUCGAGCUACUCAACCAACUGGAGGACGAUAACCAUCACAAGAAGACAGUCACAUUUCCAAAAGAUCGCGAGUCCAGUCAGAGAGUGGUGGACGGUGAGGCAGCACUUGCUGGAUACGGCCAGCCUAAAUUUAUUUCCCAUGCUGAUCUCGAUUACAAACAAGACACGAACACUCAGUACCUCGUAGACGACACUCUGGUGUUCAGUGUGUAUGUACAAGUAGCUAGCUACAAGCCAUGGCUAGAGUGCACUGACUAAUAAGAAUAAACGGACUAUAUAAUUACAUGCAUGCAUAACUUCUUAGGACAAUAAUAUAUAAUUAUACAGCUGUACAUGUAUUUGUGUCAAUUCUGUGUUUAAUCUUAACCACAUUUUCCGGCAUGCUC